AAUAUUUGUGUGCAUUUUCUCUGCCCAUGGACAUAAAAACAGCAAUUACGCAAAUUAUCAGAAAAGAAUUUAAACCGUGCACUCAUGUCAUCUUUCCGGAGAUACCGCUCACGACAGAGCCGUCUAUUUUGCUUGCUAUUCCGUACAUACGAGGCGUACAAAUGCGCAGAAAAGAGCAUUUCCAAAAUUAUAUCGAUGAGAUAAAAUAUUACGGAUUGACAAAUGAUUGCAGAUUUGAGACAAGGGACGACAAGAUAAGAACGCGAGAGCUGAAACAGUUAUUCUUGACGAGGGAGGUAGACUUCGACGAUGAAGAGUGGGUCAUAGAGAUGCUCAAGUAUUUUUAUAUUUUGGCGGUUGAAGAGGUGAAGUAUCUUGAAGCGGAGGAACAGCUGAUUGCAUACAGGGAAGUGCAUAGCGAUGGCAAAGAAACAGCGUUUGACACCCUCUCUGCAAACAAUGCACAGCCCCUUCGGUGUAUACAAAUCGAUGGUAGUGAAAGGAAGGAACUGUUAGUGGGCAGAAUAAAACCUACACUUACACUUGAGGAGUAUUCUGAACGUGUUUUGGAGCGCAUGCGACAAAGCAUGCCAAAGGAGUACGAGAAAGAGGUUGUGAGCGAGCUCGAAGCAUACGACAAGGAAAUCGAAGAGCUCGUAAAAAUGGAUGAGUUUAAGGACGAGAUGGUGCAAGGAAACACGUACAGACGAGCAUAAAACAGUAAAAGGAACGUACGAUACAAAAAUGACUCUGACGGUACAAAACGGACGAAGCAACAAAAACAGGUAGCAGACACGUUCUGUGGCUUGAAAGCGGUUAAGCAUAACUACAGGGCCAUAGACCGGCUUGUGCUGAUUAAAAAGUUU